AUGGCCUCGCUACGCUCUGCCCACCCGAGGCUGAGGAACUACUUCAAAGAGAACUACAUUCCUCAGGUCUGCGAGGCACUGUUAUGUGGUCUACUUGUUACGUGUCCUGAGGAUCCACUGAAAUAUUUGGAGGAAAUGAUCAUGACUAUAAUUGAAAAUGGUCUCGAAAGUCUUCUUUGGGAUAUGUGCAUUGAUCCAUCAAUGAAACCAAAUAUUCGAAGACUGUCUGAAACUUACCUGGAACAACUUUUUGGAUUGGAUGAUCAGCUGAUGACUCCAGAAUUGAUGACAAAAGCAUGUACCUUUUACACUGGACAUUUAAUAAAGACCCAUUUUUGCACUUGGAGAGACACAGCAAUAACUCAUGUAAGCGAAGAUGACAUCCUGGCUGAAAAAAUGAAAACAGCGGUGGCACAUUAUAAUUUCAAACUUCAAAAAGUUGUAUUUUAUCCCUGGCACUCUUAUGCAGAAAGUCAAAAAGAAAAACUUGCAGAUAUGCUAUUCCGGAUACAAAAGAUGUUCUACUAUAGCAAGCUAACAAUUUUCCUAACAAAAUGGAGGGACAAAGCAAGAUGUCAGAAUAAAAAGAGAGAAUAUGAGCUGAUGUUAAAACAUGAACUUCAAUGGAAAAAAUGGAAAAAUAAGUUAAAACUCAAAGCAGCUGCUGAAGACUAUAAUUUAUCUGAGGUUGCUCUACUAGGUGACACUCCAGAAUGUGACAUUUCACUGUUACCUGAAAAAGCAAUAUUACAGGUUUUCUCCUACCUCACUUUAAGAGAUGUGAUAGUAUGUAGUCAAGUUAGUCAUGCCUGGAUGUCGAUGACACAAAUAAGCUUAUUGUGGAAUGCUAUUGAUUUUUCCACAGCGAAAAAUGUGCUUACAGAUAAAUAUGUAGUGUCUACUUUGCAAAGGUGGCGCCUAAAUGUGCUGAGUUUGAAUUUUCAUGGUUGUCUUCUCCGACCAAAAACUUUGAGAUCUGUCAGCCACUGUAAAAACUUGCAAGAGUUGAAUGUCUCUGACUGCCCAACACUCACGGAUGAAUCGAUGAAACACAUCUCUGAGGGCUGCCCAGGGGUCCUCUACCUCAAUCUGUCUAACACAGCUAUCACCAACAGGACGAUGCGACUCCUGCCAAGGCACUUCCACAAUUUACAGAAUCUUAGUUUGGCUUACUGCAGAAGGUUCACGGACAAAGGUUUACAGUACCUGAAUUUAGGGAAUGGUUGCCACAAGCUCAUCUAUCUGGACCUUUCAGGCUGCACCCAGAUUUCAGUCCAAGGCUUCAGGAACAUUGCAAACAGCUGCACUGGAAUUAUGCAUCUGACCAUUAAUGACAUGCCAACUCUGACGGACAACUGUGUAAAAGCUUUAGUCGAAAAGUGCCAGCGUAUUACAUCAAUAGUUUUCAUUGGUGCACCACAUAUCUCCGAUUGUGCUUUCAAAGCUCUUUCUACUUGUAACCUCAGUAAGAUCCGAUUUGAAGGAAAUAAAAGGAUUACAGAUGCAUGCUUCAAAUUUAUAGGCAGGAAUUAUCCAAAUAUCAGUCACAUUUACAUGGUGGACUGCAAGGGAAUAACUGAUGGUAGCCUCAAGUCACUUUUACCUUUGAGGCAACUGACCAUGUUGAACUUGGCAAAUUGUGCAAGAAUUGGUGAUAUGGGACUAAGGCAAUUUCUUGAUGGUCCUGCAAGCAUAAAGAUAAGAGAGCUAAAUUUAAAUAACUGUAUACACCUGGGUGAUUCCUCUAUUGUGAAACUGUCAGAGCGCUGCCCUAAUUUAAACUACCUGAGUUUACGAAAUUGUGAACAUUUUACUGACCAAGGUAUAGAAUAUAUUGUAAACAUCUUUUCCUUGAUAUCAGUAGACCUCUCUGGAACAAGCAUCUCUAAUGAGGGAUUGAUAAUACUUUCCAGACAUAAAAAAUUGAAGGAACUUUCUCUAUCCGAGUGUGACAGAAUUACCGAUUUUGGAAUCCAGGCAUUCUGCAAAAGCUCACUGAUCUUGGAAUACUUGGAUGUCUCUUACUGCCCCCAGCUGUCAGAUGAGGUUAUUAAAGCACUGGCCAUUUACUGCACUAAUCUCACAUCUCUCAGCAUUGCUGGCUGUCCAAAGAUUACUGAUUUGGCGAUGGAGAUGCUAUCGGCAAAAUGCCAUUACCUCCACAUUUUGGAUAUCUCUGGUUGUGUCCUGCUUACUGACCAAACCCUUGAGGACCUUCAGAUAGGUUGCAGACAACUCCGAAUCCUUAAGAUGAAAUACUGCAGAUGUAUUUCCACGGAAGCAGCUCACAGAAUGUCGCCUAUAGUUCAGCAGCAGGAAUACAACUCUAAUGACCCUCCACAUUGGUUUGGCUAUGACUGUGAAGGCAUGCCUCUUAAAGAGCAUCAUGAUAUAAUGCCACCUAAAGAUGACUCAGAAUUGACAUUGAAAGAGGCAUUGUACAGUAGUGAAGAGGAAGCAGAAUGA